GCAGGAUUAUGGUUACGGUCGCCGGCAAGGGACAAGGGAAGGUCACAAGCGUUUCUUCUUCCGCUGUUCUGUGCUGGUGCUUGAAUCGCUGAGAUCGACCCCUCGAUGGCCCCAGAGCAGCCACCACCGCCGGGGAGCAGCAGCAGCAGCGCCGAGGAAGAGGAUGAUUUCGGGUACGGCCUCUUCCCGGAGCGGCGGCGCGGCGAGGCGAAGCAGGCGAGGUCCUUUCUGUACAACAGCCUGUUCACCUUCAACCAUAAGUGCCAGUUGAUGCUGAAGAUCGCCCUGGACUCCAAUCCAUAUGCAAGAUUGCUGCUUGAUGCUAUGAAGAAUUCUGGCUGCACUGUUUUCAAAGACCGACACUUUUCCUGUGAAGACUGUGCUGGGUGUGUUAGCGGUGGAUUUGAUUCAUCAACAUCACAGAUUGUUCUGUGCCAAAACAACAUUCGUCAUCAAUCACAUAUGAACAGAGUAGUUACACAUGAACUUAUCCAUGCAUUUGAUCACUGCCGUGCACAUGUGGACUGGUUCAACAACGUCAAGCACUUAGCUUGCUCAGAGAUCCGAGCGGCUAAUCUCAGUGGCGACUGCUCACUCAUGAACGAAAUGUUGCGGUUUAAAUUUGGCUUGAAGCAGCACCAUCAAACUUGUGUACGAGACAGAGCUGUUCGCUCCAUCUUGGCCGUUAGAAAAGUCAGCAAAGAAAUAGCUGAGAAAGCUGUGGAUGAAGUCUUUGACUCCUGUUUCAAUGAUCAUGAACCAUUUGACAGAGUGCCUCAUAGUAAACAGGAUGCAAAAUAUGCAUACAGAGAUUUUCAGAACCGCCAUCGAUACUACACAAACGUAUAAACAGAACUGUUCAUUUCUAGCUGCUAAACAACAUUUGAGGGCAGUUUGCAAGAGAUGAGUUGUGCUGAAAUGGUGACAAUAACCAGAGUCCUACAAGAGGGGGAUAUCCUUGUUAUUUCCUCUUCAGUUCUAUGUUUCAUUCUGCAUAAGAAUUUAUUCAGAGAUGCAUUUUUUUCAAUGCACAUGUGAAAUUGUUUGAAUAUUCUGUCAGGAAUUUCUUUUGCAUGUGUCUUCCUUGAAUAAAUAAAAUUUCGUUAAUAGUUUUUAUA